GUAAAUGCAGUGUCCAUGAGGGCAGACCCCCAACAGGCUAGUCACUGCAUUAGAACUAUGCUGAGGGAGCGGGAGGAGGUGGGGCCCUGUUUUGGGUUUAUAUAUCAAUAGGGGAUUCCACUCCAUCUCUCUGGCAGGCAGGCAGCAGAUAACCUGGGAGCGCAGGUUUUGACCGGAGGACCUCAACGAAACAUUUACGAUGCGCUUCGUCCAUCUCGGCCUCCUCGCACUGUGCCUGCUGUGCGUGGCGCCCUCGUGUGGCGCUUUUGGAAAUCGCCGGCUGUGCGGCAUCCAGCUCGUAGAAGCGCUGCUGUUUGUCUGUGGGGAGAAAGGGCUCUUCUACCAUCCCGGGAGAAGAGUGCGAGAGGAAAAUAUACGAAUCAUGAUGAGAGACAGCGCCUCCUUGCUGCGGGAGGCCAGAAUGAUCCUUGAGGGUGUAGAAGAGGGGCGAGCGAGCCGCAAUGGAAUGGCCAAGAGAGGGAUUGUGGAGCAGUGCUGCCAUUUCUACUGCAAUUACUACGACCUGGAGAACUACUGCAACAUAUAAGAACGGAGGGGUGCAACUGUGGGUCAAGGGACUGGUGGGAGGGAAAUGAGUGGGAAAAUAAAAGACAGGAAGUUGUGAAGAGAUCAGAGGUGAAGCUGAGAAAAAGAGGAAGUGGAGCAGCAAGGAAUUUGUAAGGGGAAGAGUGGAUGAGUCAAUUUGGAGGAAAAAAUUCUGUGUGGGAAGAACAGAGGACAGGAUAGGGUGAGAGAGAGGAUAGGGCAGGUUGGGUGCAGGAAAACAGUUUAAUAUCAGCUAAAUGUCAUUAAUGAUCAUUUUUAAAGCACUACUUGAUUAAUUAUUUCAGCAGUACUGGUCAUUUUGAUUACAACUUGUUUAUUUGUUUAUUUACCUGGAAAUAAAA